AUGACUCCCAACAAUUCCUCAAGCCGAGUCUCUUAUUUCGCCCCUCUCCCCGAUGAGAUUCUGCAACAAAUAAUCUACUACAUCUCUCCGCGCGACAAUCUCUCGAAUAUCCAACUUAUUUCAAAGCGAUUCAAUCGAUUAGGAAAUGUGCCAUUGCUUUGGCGACACCACUGUCGCGUACUCUUCAAGUACUGGGAUGUGAAACAUUCCUUCAGUCAAAAAAAUGCGGGCACUGUAGGAGAUGUGGACUGGAAAGCUUUAUAUAUCCAUCGGGAUAAUGUAGACUCAAGAACGACGAACGCUUUGAACGGCCUCCUCGAGAGUCGAGCCAACCGUGUUGUGAACUUUGAAGAAAUCGGACGUUUUGGAUAUGAUGCAAAAGAUACGCUUUUGCGACAUUGUCAUGUCCAUAGCGAUGACCAUCUUUCUAGAAAACACUAUGCUUGUGCAGUGCUUGAUUAUAUCCAUCGCUCAAAAGCGCUCGCAGUAUGGGCGAAGCUUGCCGCGGGCGAGGAGGUAUCUCUCGAAGCAGCAUUGGGAGCCUACGACAUGUUUAUCUUGCAUGACCACAUCGGAGAUCAGCAGGAGAUUUCCGAUAUUCUCGACCAUCUUGCCACCCGCAUACGGUUUGACUACCCAAAAUUUGGUCAUAUGUCUACUCGGCAACAAGCACUCGCAGUGGUUACAUUUCUGCGUGGACACAAUCUUUUAGGACUCAACUCUGAACUCAGCUACCGCGACUUACAAAAUAAUUAUAUCGGUCUGGCACUGCAGGAGGCAGAUCAUCCUUCAUUACCAUUGGUCUCCGUUGCAAUAUUUUGUGCGGUAGCUCGUAGAAUUGGGCUUGAUGCUAGGGUCUGUGGUAUGCCGAGUCACGUAUAUGCCAUGAUUUUCCCAAGGCCUUUUAUAGAUCUCGACGACAAGCCACUCAAACAGAAGGACAGUGCCGUGGAACCUAUGUAUCUAGAUCCAUACCGUUCGAUCUUAGAGAUUCCUUUGGAGAAUCUUCAGCGAAUGUUGACAGCUUGGGGGGUCCGGGGAGUAUCAUUCGCCGAAUAUGUCGCUGAUUCCUCCAUUACAAACAAUAUCGUGCUCCGUACGACUAGAAAUAUAGUUACAACGAUUCGAGAGUACUCUUACAUACAAAACCGUCCCGCGCAAGACCCAUCCUUUAUGACUACCCGAUUACAAAGUGUGCCGUUACUGGAAAUGGAUCAUGCAGUAUAUUCAGCUCUUUGGGCAACUUUUCUUCUAAAUCCAAUACCGACCCCUGCUGUUCACAACCGACUUGAGUUUAUCCCCAUGCUAUUGUCCAGAUUCGAGAAAUCAUUUCCGGAGGACGUUGCUCUUAUCGAAAAAUACGUUUUGCCAUCAUACAAUAGCUGUACCAGCGAGUAUACUGAACUAGCCGAGGAAUUAAGAGUAAUUCGUGCCGUAGACUCAACUUCAAGGCAAGUGAGGACUCGCAACAAGUCUAGUGGGACGGAUCAGGUCAAAUUUAGAAUUGGGAAAGUAUUCCGCCACCAAAGAUAUGGUUAUACAGCAGCAAUAAUUGGUUGGGAUAUCGAAUGCCACAUGAGCUCCAGUUGGAUAGCGCAUCAUCAGAUCGACUCCUACCCAAGAGGUAGGCAUCAAAGCUUCUAUCACGUACUCGUAGAAGAUGCCAGCAUACGUUAUGUGGCAGAGGACAAUAUAGAAAUCAUCGAGCAGCCCGACGUAACAUCGUUGAUGAUAGUGGCGGGACAAUAUUUCAAGCGAUAUGAUCAGGAGAACUGUCGGUUUGUUGCGAACUUCAGGGACGAGUAUCCUGAUGACUAA